AUGAUGAGAAAGAAUGAGACAGAUGUAUUCAGAUUCAUUCUCCUAGGUUUUUCUGACCACCCCCAGGCACAACUUCUGUUCUUUACCUUCUUUCUAUCAACAUAUACAAUGACACUCACUGGCAACUGUCUCAUUAUUUUCAUUACAUUGGGAGACAUUGCCCUCCAAACACCCAUGCAUUUCUUCCUCAGGGCCCUGUCCUUUUUGGAGAUCUGCUACACCUCGGUCACAGUCCCCAAGAUGCUGGCCAACCUCCUCUCAGGGGACAAAAGCAUCACCUUCCUUGGCUGUGCCACACAGAUGUAUUUCUUUGUGGCACUAGGGGGUGUGGAGUGCUUUCUUUUGGCAGCUAUGGCUUAUGACCGAUAUGUGGCCAUUUGCCACCCUUUACGUUAUCCCUACAUUAUGAACAAUGCUAGGUGCACAGGGCUAACAGCUGGCUCUUGGCUCAGUGGUUUAGUGGGAUCUCUGGGCCAUAUUGUAAUUAUAUUCAACCUACCUUUCUGUGGCUCCCAUGAGAUCAAUCACUUCUUCUGUGACAUAACCCCACUGCUGAAGCUGGCCUGUGGGGUCACUUUCCUGAAUAAAGUGCUAAUCUAUUCUAUUCUUUUGCUCUUCAUAACCCUGCCUUUCAUCCUGAUCAUGGUCUCCUACCUUCUUAUCAUUGUUACCAUCCUGAAGAUACCAUCCACCCAGGGCAGGCACAAGGCUUUCUCAGCCUGCUCCUCACAUGUCAUUGUGGUGACUCUCUUCUAUGGGACAGGCAUUAUAGCUUAUCUAUUCCCUAGUUCCACAUCUUCUUCAGGGGCAGGUAAAAUACUCUCUUUGUCCUACUCUGUCAUCACACCCAUGCUAAACCCCAUUACAUACAGCCUGAGGAACAAGGAGGUCAGAGAUGCUCUGAAGAGAAUAAUCACGAGGAAGUGUUUUAUUCAUUGA